UGGAGAGGGCUUUGCAAGGCGAGCUGGGAGAGGCUGGGGCUCCUGUUCACACCCAGCACUGCUGAGCCCUUGGCUGGAAAACACGGCUGGGAUGGGGGAAAGUGCUUGGAGGUGGAGAGGAGGAAAAUGUGGAGAGGUAAAAAUAAGGGAAUAAGCACACCUGUGCCUGUGGCAGCCUGGCCUCUUUCUCCAGUCCUUCACGGGACCAGGAGCAUCAGGCCAGGACAGUGUGUGCACCCAUGGGUGCCACGAUGUGUGAAUGUGGCUGGGCACCAUGGCAGUGCCCCCCCAGCUUCCCUUAUCCCCUUACUCUGGCUGGAAAUGGUUUUGUCCCAUUGCUGCUCACCUCCUUGGACCGAAACACUGAGCAUCUGCAGGCUGGCACAGGAUGACCUGGGCAAAGCUGGACCACAGCACCCAUCUAUGAGCCAGAAGAAGCUGCUGGGGUGGCUUAGCUCCUUCUCCUCUCCCAGCUUUGCAACCUCUGGUUUCCCAGGCCAUGGCAAUUUAAGGACAGCCACCACAGUACCUGCAGCCACAGCGAGGAUGGGGAUGAGGGGCCCAGUUCAGGCGGGGGCUGUAUCUCAGCAGGAUGAGACCCAGUGCAGCAGGAGCCUGGGCCAGCAGCGCAGCAGCAUCACACAGCCCUGGUGCCACUGGGAUGCCUGUGGCCCCUGUGCAGGGGCUGUUUCUCCCUCCCACAGCCCUUAACCAUGGGGUGCAGCAGCUGCUUCCCCUGGACCAUGCAGCAGUUAGUAGAUGACAGGGUGUUGCAACACGCCAGGGAAUAAUCACGAUAACUCGAGCGGUUGCCCUGGUGCCGGGCUUGGCUGUUGCAGUGGUUGCUAAAGAGAGUGGGCGUGCGGCUUCCUCUGGGGCGAUCUGAUUUCUCCGGGAGCGUGGUUAAGGCACGCUUAGGAGAAAUCGUCCUCCGUGGAGCAGGGACACAACCUCUCCAACCAGCAGCAGCGGCUGUGCUGAGCGGGCUGCUCAGGCGCCUGGGCACACACAGAGCUGUUUGCUUUAGGGGGGGAAAAUACGAUUAGCUUGCUCAUCCGUCCUGGGAAAACAUCAUCUGGCAACGAAGAGCAAAGAGAGCAAGUUUUCAGGGUGGCAGAGAGAUCUUUGUGACCAGCACGGAGGAGCGGGCAAGGCCACCAGCUGCUGCCGGCCAAGCUCCAGCCCUCGGUGGGGUCCCCGUGGGGUGGCGAGAGCGGCAGGGAGAGAGCACCGGUGCAGCAGCCACCUCCACGUGACCCUCCGUCCCCACUCCCACCGGAGAGACCUGGCAGGAGCCAGGCAGCUUCAUCGGACCUGGCCAAAAGUCACGCAGGCGCGAGCGUAGCCGGGCAGAAGCGGCAGCCCCAGCCCCUGCAGCCCCAUGUCGUGGGGUGCGGGGCAGCACCUGCCCCUGGGGCUCCCCAGGGCCACGCUGCGGAAAUCAGCAUCGAUGUACACUGAAAUACAGCGGGAGCAACCAGACAGUGGGAAUAUCCUGACUCAGCCAGACUACAUAGAUGGAAACCCAGACCUCAUAAAACCUAAAAAGCUCCUAAAUCCUGUAAAAGCCUCGAAGAGCCACCAAGAGCUGCACAGAGAGCUGCUGAUGAACCACAAAAGAGGUUUGAGCAUGGAGAGCAAGCCAGAGCUGCAGAGAGUGCUUGAGCACCGACGGCGAAACCAGCUCAUCAGACAAAAGAAGGAAGAGGAAGAGGCAAAGAAAUUGCAGUCUCCUUUUGAAAAAGAGCUAUUAAAGAGGCACCAGAGACUGGAUCAGUUGGAGAAAGAGCAGGAGAAGCAGGAAGACCAUGCACCAGAAUUCAUUAAAGUCAAGGAAAACCUGAGAAGAACAUCAACCGUGACUGGGGAUGAGAAAGCAGCAUAGCUUCUGCCAAAACUCAACAGGGAUCCUACCAAGGCCAGCACUAACACAUACACGCUGACAUCUCUGUACAUGGUGGACAUUCACAGCCACAUCGUUGGGGAUACUUACAGUUAUUAACACUUGCUCCUAUAGAAGGCACAAAAAUGGUUUUCCCAGCCCAGGAAGGUAUCACUGUGGGAAAUGUGCAGUAUUCACCGAAGAAGUACUUAUGUGAGGAGAUGCAGAAAGAAAUUAUGUUAUUUUUCCCCAAGAUUGUGGGUGCACGCUAACCUCCAGCUAACUCUUGGUUAACCCUUGAGACACCGUGACUGUUUAAGCCAGGGAAGUCUGUGGAGGGAUGGUUUGUGGGACCCCUGCUUCUUCCUGGAGGCAGGUUCGCCAGGCACAGGGUGGCAGGAGGGCAGCUGCAGUUCUGGAGAACAUCCUGGAAACGUGGCAUGGUUACUAAAAGGGACAAUCUGCAUAUUACUGAGAACAGCCCAGGUGGCCAUAAUGGCUUUCCCAAGGGUCACUGGUAUUGCACCGGUGUGUGAGUCAAGCCUGGCUGAGGCUGUGUGUCCCAGCAGCACACACGUACUAUUAGCAAAAUCAACCUCUCUGCUCAUAGCAGUGCAGCACAGGCAGGUGCAACUGUUCAUCACAAGCACCUUUUAACCACAUUUCAAACCUGUUUAAAAAUAGUUAUUUAGGCAGUUUCAUGAUCAGGCAGAAAUACACUGGAUUAUACCAUCAAUGCCCCAAGUGGGAGGCAAAUGCUCUCUGCAGAAAGCAAAGGCUGGGAGUUUUCAGCAUGGGUGUUCACAGAAGCAUGCAGUGAGCAGGCAGCAGAUCUCUGUGGAUGUAGAAGACAGACCAGCUGCUUCUUGCCCCUGGACUACUGAACUUCAGCCUUUCCCCCAGCAGCUGGACAUGUGCUACCAUAGGGACCCAUAAAAAAUCAUCCUGUGAUUGGGCAAUGGUAAUGUGGUAAUAUCAUACUGGUGUCAGGCCACUGUCCUGUUAACCACCCUGCACACAGCUGGCAUCUGUAGGCACCAGGGGCUACAGACCACAUAGGUACUGAUGCAAAACUAUUUGUCAGUGCUUCUCAUCCCCUUUUCCAGAGGUCAGGGCUGCCUCAUUUCAGUUGCCACCUUGCAAAGCUAAAAAUCAUCUCGCUGCUGGUAUAGCAAAGCUGAGAUAGAUGGUGUAUUUGCACCACGUAUGGACAGAGCUUACCACAUUUAUGGGGCACCCAUGCCCUGAGGUGUCCACAUCUAGAACUAAAAUUGCACCUUCAGGAAGAUCUCAGCUUCUUGCUUCUCACAUUAGCCCUGAUACAAAGACUAAACCGCAUAACUCACUGACUGCCUUUGAACACUGGCUCCUGAAUGGCAAGCCUCCACGGUCCUAAUCAGAUGGGAAGGUAAUAUCUGGUAAAACAAUGUGUACUAUCCACAUCUUCAGUGGAUCCAUAUGUAAAUUAAGGGAAACUGGGCAUUUAUCACAUAUUUAUUAAAAAGUCUCUCUGGUCCAGUGGGGUGUUUCAUUUCAGAGGGCUGUUCCUUGACCUUGUAGCUUAAGUAAAACAUCUGAGCCACAUCACAUGUCAAGAGCAGUGAUACAGACAUGGGGCUUCCAUGGCAGAGUAGACUAUAAAAACUCUUAACUCAGUUUCAGUCCUUGAGAGCCCCAUCUCAUAGAACUGUCUCUGCAGUAGUUUUUAAGCCCCUUACUCAUCAUGCUUAUUCUAAACAAGUUUUUGUUUCAGAAAUCCAGUGCAUGUGGUCACUAUGGGUCAAACAAGAUCUGAAAGGAUCUAUUAUGUCCUUUCUAACUGUGAAGCUUUUCAUAUAGGUUAUGAUUAAAACCAUGAGGAAGAAGCAGCGUCAACCAGUUUUUCAGAAGGAAAAAAAGCCAAAUUUCUCCAAGGAAAAAAGGUGUUGCUAAAGAUGUUUGCACAUAGCUGUAAACAAUGCUGUGUGACACUCCAUAGAUAACAUCAGUUUAAAUAACAAGCCAGAAUUACUGUGCUGGGGUUUUGUGAGGGGUUAUGGUACAGAUUAAGUAACCUUGAUCAAAGAGCUCAAAAAAUUUCAGCAAAUUAAUUUGUAAUUUCGCCACAGAUGGAAAUGCACUCCAGGAGAGGCAAUCUGUCGUUCCAUAUGCACCAGUGAAAUCAGUGUUAUCAGCUCACCCAGGCUGGGACAGGGGCAUUUAUGCAAGUCCUUGGGUGGGAGCCAUCCGGUAAGGUCUGGGUAAGCUGAGUGCUCAGAUCAGCAAUGAAAAGAUUGAAAAUAUUUUGCUGCAGUCUUCUUAGGUAUGCAAAUAUUAUCUGGGGAAAAAAAAAAAAAAAAACAAAAAAAAAACCCAAGGUGUUUCCCUUUCAUGUGGUGUCCAGCAAGCACAGAGUGGGGCUGUGCACCAACACAGUCCGUGAUUGCUAACAGGUGCCCGGGUCAUUUUCAGCUGGGGUCCUGAAGGAAAAGGGAGGGCCAGGUCAUACUCUCCUGACUCAGGCUGAGCUAAUAGACCCACAAGAAAUCCUUCCAGUGGUGGAGAGACAGCAGAAAGCCCUGACCCGGCUGCUCCCGGGGACCCCGUGGGCUGUGAGCCGGGACCCAGCCACCCAUCCACCCGCCGAACCGGCCACAGGCAGCCCCAUGGCACACAGCGGGGCCCACGGCGCUCCGUCCCUGGCAAGAGCUGCAGGCUCCAGCCCUCCGUGACGGCACGUGGGAAAUUAUGCUUUUACUGUUCAAGUGUUGGCUUAAAAGUCAAGAGUUGUCCAACACAGCUCUUCUCACCCCCGUGAACUGAUAACUGCCUCCCCGGCUGGGCCGGACCCUGUACAACCUUCACCAAUGCUCUUGUGCUUCGUGGCAUGGCAGCGUGGAGGUGGCACCCAAAAAAACAUCAGUGUAGGCAUCACCAGGAAAUUCAGGGGUAUCUUUGUGUCUCUUUUUCUUUGAAAUUAAUUCCUCCCUAUGCCCUUAAAAUACAUUCCUGAGUAAAUGUGGUAUGUCCAGAAGAUACAGAUUAUCAGAGUAUUGAUGGUAGAUAUUUUUUUGCACUGUGUAUGUUGCCUGUGUGGUAUACAGUCUAUAUUCUGUGUUGGUGUUUAUACAUUUACAUAAAAAUACAUGUCAUGCAACUCAAUUAACUCACACUGUUUAAUGUAGACACUUCUGAAGAAAUACACUAAAUGAUGAUUGUAUAUUUUGCUCUUUUCCACAAGGAACUGAAAAAGCUCUGAGGAUACAUGCAGACAACCGCCAAAUAAACUGAAUGAACAUAAAAAUCA